AUGAAUAUUGAUUACUAUUCAAUAUUAAAUUUAAAAAGACAUUGCACCAAAGAUGACAUACAUAUAGCAUUUGGAAAACUAGUAAAAAGUCAAGUUCAAAAUUGUUGUUUGGUUAAGUUGUGUGAAGCAUAUGAGGUAUUAUCUGACCCAUUUCGCCGAGCUAUAUAUAAUGAAUUUGGUGAAGAGGGAAUUAAAAAAGGUGUAAAAACCAAUGACUUGUACAUUGGUCCAUGGACUUAUCAUUGUGAUGUGAUAAGCACAUAUUCGUAAGUAGGCAUUCUUAGGUGCAAUUUGAAAAUGCUACAAAUUUGUUUAAUCUUUUGUGGGUCCAUAUCUUGUAGAAAUGUAUAUACCAUGAUAAUUAUAAAAAUAAUUAAUCUGUAAAAUCAAUAAUGACAACUAUUAAAAUAAACAAAAAAUUAUUCAAUUAUUGUGAGCUAAAACUAAA